AUGCCCCGGCGCCGCUUCAGCACGCCCGCACGCCCGCAGCAGCCUGCGCCGCUGCGGCAUACGCUCAUGCGCGCACGCUCCGAUGAGGGAUGGAUGCUACUCGAGCGCGACGAAUUCGAGGGAUAUCUACCUGCCGCGUGGAGCGCAGACACCCUCCCCCUCUCUCGCCAACCCACCAUCGAGGCGCUGGCCCGCGCCUUCGUGCUCGACUCGCCGGGGUCUGGCGAUUCCGGUUCUCUCUCCAGCGUCGAAGUAGAGGUCGGCCACCAAGUCAUCCCCGUCGGCCACCCCGCCAUCCCGGUGCGUACGAGCAGCCUCGAGAUUGUGCGCCACAGUUUCGAGUUUGACUUCGAUACAUGUCCCUCUCUCGACAUCCAGGAGGUACCCCGCCGCCAUCCAGAUGUGCGCAACGCGCCUGCCAAGUUCGUGUACAAGACACCGGCACACAUCAUCCUCGAACGUGACUGCUUUCCCUUCCGACCCGCGAUCAUGAUCCAGGCGCCGACGCCACCCCGCACCGUCUCCGGCUCGAGCACCUCUUCUGCGCCGCCUCUCACGCCCACCCUGGAGAUGAUCAAGCCGCCAACGUCUCCGCAGUUCCCCCUCGUGCCCAGCCCGGAAUCGCCCGCAGCCAUUGCUUCGAUCCCGUCUCUCUCGUCGGCGUCCCUCAAUUCGCUACCUUCCCUCAUCACGCCACAACCCGACCCCACGCCCCGUGAGCUCGCCGAGCGCUCAGAGCGCGUCCAGACCCUCAGCAACGCCGUCAUGCGCUCGCGCGCCUACAGCGGCCUCAUGCACCGGUAUUGCGAGACACUGGGUUCUGCAUUCGAGUCCGCUGUCGAGCUUCAGGAAGCCCGCGCCGAGAUCGCCCGCCUCCAAGCCAAGGUCGUGCGGUAUCGCGAUGUCAACCGCUCGCUCGUUGAUUGGGGAUUGAGACUACGGGAGGAGAACGAGGUGCUGCGCGCCGAAGCUGGGGAAGCGCCGGGCGUGGCGCUAUUCGAUCCCGAGCGCGACAUGCUCAGAAGAGACGACGAGGGUUACGAGGGGUCAAAGGCUUACCAAGGUUACGAGGUCCGACCGGCGUAUGGUGGCCACGACACGUAUGGGAGCCACAAGGGUCACGACAUGGUUGAGAAGGGAAAUGAGGAGGAUAGCUGGCGUAUAGACGAGCGAGAGGAAUACGAGCAGCAGGGGGAGGGGUGGUGGUCGAUGUAA